AGGACGGGUCCUCAAAUGCACGCGUCGGCCAGCGCACCGCGCGACUUUUCCCUGCUCCCUCUGUCGCCGCUGCCAUCAGCGCACUCGACGACGUGCAACAUUUCACUCACAACAUCCGACUCAAAUACAUGGACGACCAUGGGAGGCCGCCCGGAGCUCGCCGAGGGUCCUGGAAGCGCCGGGCGUCGGAGGUGGCGGGGCGGCUCGGCCUCCGGGCGGCGGAGACGGCGGCGGGCGGCGCGUACGGCGACGACUACGAGUCGAUCCUGGACGGGGUGGAAUCACUGCGUCGGGGCUACGGAAGAGCACUUCUGCUCUUUUUCUAUUCCUCACCUAACUUCGCCAUGGCAGACACAGCCAGCAUCGCAUCCCACACCUCGCGCUCGUCAGGCUCGACCGCACGCUCGACCGACCGCUCGGUCUCCCGCGGCCGUGAAUUUUACUCUUCCGGGCGCGGCGGAGUGGGCAACAUCAGGCGUGCAUCCAAAGAUGACCUCACUCGUCCGCCCGCCAGCCCCUCCUCACCUACUGGCAGGCCCGACCACGACGACCUCUCCUUGACUCGCGGGCGCGAGCCCCCAGCCAUCAACCCCGACUCGGCCAAGUCUACCGGGCGCGGUGGUGCUGGGAACAUCCGCUCCACGUCCAUCGCGCGCGCCGCGAACCAUCUCUCGGGCGACGGCCAGCACUCGUUCACCGCCUCGCUCGUCACCGACCAGGCAGAGGCCGCGGCGGAAUACGAGCGCAGGGUUGUCGCCGCCCGCCAAGAGGCUUCCCGCAACGCCCGCCGCACGUACGGCCGUGGCGGCGCAGGCAACGCAGCGGGGACGAAUCCAAAGUCACCCAAAACGUCCAAGAGCCGGUCGGGAUCGCGCUUCCGCUCGCGCUCGCGCUCCGCGUCCGUCGCGCCUGUGCACUCGUCCGGCCGCGGCGGCGCGGGGAACCUGUACCCCGGCUCGCCGGAGGACGCGGAGAGGAUCGGCGCGCUCGAUGAUGUGGAGAUGGGUCGUGCGCGCGCGACCAGCCCCGAGGGCAGGCACUCGACCGGCCGCGGCGGCCUUGCAAACAUCACAGCGAUGAGCUCCCCUCCGCCCGACUCGCCCUCAAGCCCGCUCUCUCCCCACCACGCCGAGUCCACGGGGCGCGGCGGCGUCGGCAACAUCUUCCGCUCGCGCUCGCGCAGCGCGUCCAAGGACCGGUCCUCGCAGUCCGAGGGGCUCAAGAAGAUCUGGAAGAAGGUCAGCCGGAGCCGGAGCCGCGCGCCGGGUGUCUCCCCCGCGCGGAACGAGGACGACGGCGUGGUCGACCUGGACAUCCGGGGCGCGAGGGGGAUCGAGCGCGCGUCGAUGGAGAGCGGGAUCGGGUCCGUGCACAGCGGGGGCGAGCUCUCCGCGAUCUCGUCGCGCAGCGGGGAGCAGACGCUGCACGGGUCGACUGGGGGCGGCGGGCACGAGCAUCGUGAAGGAGAGGGUGGCGGGGACGGCGGGGAGCGGCGCGAAUGACUCGCGAGCCGGCAGAUAGGGCCCUCGGGGCUGUCUGCGCAGGCGCUGCGCCAGAGACGGGUGGGCACGCCGCUCACGCUCGACGUCAAGCACCU